AUGGACGUGUUGUUCGACCUCUACACGGCCGUGCUGCCGGUGGACCGCGACUCGGUGUCGCACCAGCUGUUCACCUUCUGGCUGAUGCUCAGCACCGGGGGCGUCCUGCUCUACCUCUGCUGCGCCGCGCUCUCGACCUUCAUCUUCUUCGUCGAGUUCGAGGAGACGUACUUCCCCCGCACGAUUGACAAGGGAAGGCAGAGGCACGAGCUGCGGCGGCAGAUGACGCACGAGAUAUUCAUCGCAGUCCUCUCCAUUCCAUUCAUUGCGGUGCUCAUGGCCCCCGCCUCCACCCUCACGCAGCGUGGGUACAGCAAAAUUUACCACAACGUCUCUGACUACGGCUGGCCGUACUUGUGCUUCAGCGUGGUGUUGUUCUUUGUCUUCACAGACUUCAUGGUGUACUGGUUUCACCGCGGCCUGCACCACCCGACCUUUUACCGGUACCUCCACAAGCUGCACCACACCUACAAGUACACCACGCCCUUUUCCUCCCACGCGUUUAACCCCUGCGACGGCUUUGGGCAGGGGGUGCCGUACUACAUCUUCACCUUCCUCUUCCCCAUGCACCACUACCUCUUCCUCUUUCUCUUCUUCGUCGUCAACAUGUGGACGAUCUCGAUUCACGACCAGGUGGACUUUGGUGGGCACUUUGUGAACACCACCGGCCACCACACGAUCCACCACGUGUUGUUCAACUACGACUACGGGCAGUACUUCACCGUCUGGGACCGCAUCGGCGGAACCUACAAGCCGGCCGUUCAGACGCAUCGGUUUCCGCUAUUCACAAAGGGCGGACGCAUCGAGGACGACAAGCCGGCCGGCAAGAAGCUGUGA